UAGGCUGUAUGGCUAGCGGAGGGGGGUUGAUCGAAGCACACUUGGAUGGUCCACUAUGGAAGAUGAGCAGGAUGAGGGCAGAUCGUGGACAUGAACGCGAGAGGAGUACGCAGAUGGUGGCGGAGGUUCAGCUCGGGAUGCGGAGUGAGGAGGAGAGACUCCAGACUUUCCAAAACUGGUCCAGAGAUGCGCCGGUGAGCCCUGCGGAUCUGGCCCGGGCGGGGUUUUUCUAUCUGGCACGCGGUGAUACGGUGCAGUGCUUCUGUUGUGAUGGGAUACUGAGACACUGGGUUCAUGGGGAUACCCCAUUGGGCGAACAUGAGAAGCAUUUCCCCACAUGCGGCUUUGUGAUAGGCAGAGAUGUGGGCAAUGUUCCGCUGGGCUCGUCUGAUUCUGUGGACGGACAGCUCUUGAGUCAACUGCAGCGGCUGGCCGUGGACGAACAGGUGGUGUCCGGGCAGGCGGUGUACCCGGAGAUGGAGUCAGUGGACAACAGACUGGCCACUUAUCACAACUGGCCCACUGGAGCUACAGUACAGCCUGACACACUGGCGCGAGCUGGCUUUUUCUAUACAGGUCAUGGUGACAAUGUUAAGUGUUUCUUUUGUGAUGGCGGUCUGAGGAACUGGGAACCAGGAGAUGAGCCCUGGCAAGAACACGCCAAAUGGUUUCCACAAUGUGAAUAUUUGCUGCAAUCCAGAGGACGGGAAUAUGUGAGCAACAUCCAGCAGUCUUACAUCAACAUGAGUGAGAGAGUGGGUGGAUCACUAUCAUCAACUGUAGGGAGUGUGAGCUCAGAGGUCUUGGGUGAGCAGAGCUCGGUGGCAGCAGCAGCGAUGUUGUCUCCUGUUGUGAAGAUGGUGCUGCAGAUGGGCUUCCAGCGCUCGCUAGUGGAGAGUCUGGUGCAGUCACGCUAUCUUCUCACUGGCUCACACUACACCUCAGUUUCUGACCUGGUGACUGACGUCCUGCAGGCUGAGGAAGAGGAGAGGCAGACAGGGGAGCCCAGACCAGAGACUGUGGAGAGGCAGGGCAGCAGUGCAGGUGGGAAGAGAACGCAGGUCACAGUCAGGGAGAAAGAGCGAUCAGACAUGAGUCCAGAGGAGCAGUUGAGACAGCUCCAGGAAGAGAGGACCUGUAAGGUCUGUAUGGACAAACUUGUCUCCAUGGUCUUCAUCCCCUGUGGCCAUCUGGUUGUCUGCACAGACUGCGCAGCUAGUCUGCGCCACUGCCCCAUCUGCAGGGCAGUCAUCCGAGGGAGCGUUCGAGCAUUCAUGUCCUAAAGCUCUGAACUGAAAUGUCUUUAACAAGAAUCAUACUGCAUAGUCUGAUUAAUGCUGAGAAAAACUCUACAGAUAUGAUCUUUAGCUGCCAAAUCAGCAGUGCUGUUGACAUAAGUUAUUGAUAAAAAAAAAAAUGCGUCAUGUUAACAAGCAGUUUUAUUUUUUAAAUUUGAAUAUAAAAUAAACUGAUGGUAUUUUAUAGGAGCAUAUUAUAUUGUUAUAAUAAUUUUAUUAUCAGAUUAUAAACACUGUACUUAUAUUUUCAUUAAUAAAAAAUAUUUGAAUUACUCUUCUUUGUCUAAACACCUUAUUUUAAAAUUGGUAAUUAUAUGGCUGAUUAUAUAAAUGUGUGUCUGUCUGUGAGUGUGUUUGUGUAUAAAUAAGAGUGCAUGUUUCAUGGGCAACGGCACACAGACGGAAGCAUCAUUCCAAACACAAACAAGACAACAUGAUCAGAUGAAAAGGACAUAUUUUAUGAACAAACAUCUAUUUACA